AAAGGAAAGGGGGGGUAUAUAAGAGUGGUAGGUGGGAGUGGGGUUUGACCGCAAAGUGUCUACUGUUUAAAAGAAAGGGACUUUACCCUCCCUCUCUCUCUCUCUUUCACUCAUUCCCUCUCUCAGCAUCAGCAGACACGGUGGCUGGAUGGAGCACAUUCAGUCCGAGUAGAGACACAGUGUGGAAUGACAGAACUGUCAUUUCUCUUGAGACAAAUUAAAAAGCACCUCAGGAACCCGAUGCAUGCAACCUUUGGUCGGUAUCACAUUUCGUGCCGUUGAAGAGGCGCAUCCCUGAGCUUGUAUUCAAGGACUGGUUUCACUAAGGAUUAAAAUAACACCCUGUAUUAAACAGUCUAAUUCACCUAUUGGAGUCCUGUAAGAGCAAAUCAUCAUGGGGAUGCAAGGCCUGCCCCUGGCCUGUGUAGCAGUGGCCAUUCUAUUCCACCUCUCAAGUGCCGGUCUGGUUAAAAGAGUAAUUAGACACAGAAGAGAAUCACUGUUGACACCAACCACUGAAAAUUUGACGGUCCCAAGCCCUGAUCAGCCUGUGGUCUUCAACCAUGUGUACAAUAUCAAUGUCCCCUCUGGUUCCCUUUGCUCAGUGGACUUGGAUUCACCCGGAACAGCAGAAAUGAAGCCAAAGUUACAAUCUGACCAGCACAUAGAACACACCAUGGAUGGGGACAACCAGAUUGUUUUUACGCACAGGAUUAACAUUCCCAAGCAAGCUUGUGGUUGUAAUAAUAACCUCCCUGACCUAAAAGAUAUUCUAAAUAGAUUGGAAAUGCUAGAGGCAGAGGUGUCCAGUCUAAGGGAGCAAUGCACCAGUGGGGCAGGAUGCUGCGGUGCUCAAGUUACAGGGGAAAUCACUACCAAACCCUACUGCAAUGGCCGCGGAAAUUACAGCACUGAGACCUGCAGCUGUUUAUGUGAACCCGGUUGGAAGGGGCACAAUUGCUCUGAGCCUGAGUGCCCAAACUACUGCCAGGACCAAGGUCGAUGUGAGGAUGGCAAGUGUGUCUGCUUUGAGGGCUACGGUGGUGAAGAUUGUGGAAUUGAGCUGUGCCCUGUAGAUUGUGGUGAGAAUGGUGAGUGCAUUGAUGGGGCUUGCAUCUGUGAAGAAGGCUUCCUGGGUGAGGACUGCAGUUUUACCAACUGCCCAAAUAACUGCCUAGGCAGGGGGCGAUGUGUGGAUGAUGAAUGUGUUUGUGAUGAGCCCUGGACAGGGUUUGACUGCUCUGAGCUCAUCUGCCCAAACGACUGCUAUGACCGUGGACGUUGUGUCAACGGAACCUGCUAUUGUGAUGAGGGCUUUACUGGGGAAGACUGUGGGGAACUUGCCUGCCCCAAAAACUGCAACCAUCGUGGCAGAUGCGUGAACGGACAGUGUGUCUGCAACAUUGGCUACAGUGGAGAUGACUGUUCCAAGCUUACUUGCCUCAAUGACUGCAGCCAGAGGGGGCACUGCUUCAAUGGGAAGUGUAUAUGUGACCCUGGGUUUGAGGGUGAGGACUGCAGUGUUCUCUCCUGCCCCGAAAACUGCAAUGACAGAGGACAGUGUGUCGACGGUGAGUGUAUUUGUAAUGCUGGAUAUGAAGGUGAUGAUUGCUCAGAGAUUUCCUGCCCCAAUAACUGCCACGGUCAUGGGAGAUGUGUCAACGGCAAGUGCAUUUGCAAAGUGGGCUUUGCUGGAGAAGACUGCAACAUCAAGACCUGUCCUAAUGACUGCCAUGGGCAUGGACACUGUGUGGACGGCAAGUGCAUUUGCAAAGAGGGCUUUACAGGAGAAGACUGCAGCAUUAAGACCUGUCCCAAUGACUGCCAUGGUCAUGGACAGUGUGUGGACGGCAAGUGCAUUUGCAAAGAGGGCUUUACUGGAGAGGACUGCAGCAUUAAGACCUGUCCCAAUGACUGUCAUGGGCGUGGACAAUGUGUAAAUGGCAAGUGCAUUUGCAAAGAGGGCUUUACUGGAGAAGACUGCAGCAUUAAGACCUGUCCCAAUGACUGUCAUGGACGUGGACAAUGUGUGGAUGGCAAGUGCAUUUGCAAAGAGGGCUUUACUGGAGAAGACUGCAGCAUUAAGACCUGUCCCAAUGACUGCCAUGGACGUGGACAAUGUGUGGAUGGCAAGUGCAUUUGCAAAGAGGGCUUUACUGGAGAAGACUGCAGCAUUAAGACCUGUCCCAAUGACUGCCAUGGACGUGGACAAUGUGUGGAUGGCAAGUGCAUUUGCAAGGAGGGUUUUACUGGAGAAGACUGUAGCAUCAAGACUUGUCCCAAUGACUGCCAAGAGCGUGGACUGUGUGUGGAUGGCAAAUGCAUUUGCGAAGAGGGAUUUACUGGAGAAGACUGCAGCAUUAAGACCUGUCCCAAUGACUGUCAUGACCGUGGAAUAUGUGUUAACGGCAAGUGCAUUUGCGAAGAGGGCUUUGCCGGUGAAGAUUGCGGCAUUAAGACCUGUCCCAAUGACUGCCACGAUCGUGGACAGUGUGUGGAUGGCAAAUGUGUUUGCCACAUUGGCUUUACUGGAAAUGACUGCAGUGAGUUGACCUGCCCUAAUAACUGCCAUAAUCGAGGGCACUGUGUAAAUGGCCAAUGUGUGUGUCACAGCAACUUCACUGGAGAGGACUGUGGUACAAAGACGUGUCCUAACAACUGUCUGGAUCGCGGCGUCUGUGAAGAUGGAAAGUGUGUGUGCAUUGAGGGCUUCACUGGCGAGGACUGUGCUGAUCUGACCUGUCCAGGAAACUGCAGUGACCAAGGCCAAUGUUUGAAUGGAAUGUGCAUUUGCGAAUUAGGCUUCACUGGCGAGGAUUGUUCUGAUAUCAUCCCACCCAAAGAUCUGACAGUGACUGAAGUCGACCCAGAAACAGUGGACCUCACAUGGGUCAAUGAGAUGGUUGUGACAGAGUAUCUUAUCACAUACGUGCCUACGGCUCCAGGUGGUUUGGAAAUGGAAAUGAGAGUUUCUGGUGAAAAGAAGAAUGCAACCAUCCGAGAGCUAGAACCAGGCAUAGAGUAUCUAAUAAGUGUCUAUGCAAUUCUGAACAGCAAAAUGAGCAUUCCUGUCAGUGCCAGAAUAGCCACACAUCUUCCUGAACCCGAGGGUUUGAAAUUUAAAUCAGUGAAAGAGACAACAGUGGAGGUUGAAUGGGAUCCCUUGAACAUUUCUUUUGAUGGCUGGAACCUUAUCUUCAGAAACACAAAAGAGGAAGAUGGCGAGAUUUUGAACUCUCUCAACCCACCUGAGACCACCUUUGAGCAGUCUGGCCUUGGACCUGGUCAGGAGUACGAGGUUAAACUGGAGGUCGUAAAGAACAACACCCGUGGACCUCAAGCCAGCAAGAAUGUUGUCACAAUGAUUGACGCUCCCAGCCAGGUGGAUGUGCGCGAUGUGACGGACUCUACAGCCCUUAUCACCUGGCUUCAGCCUGUAGCUCACGUGGACGGUAUCUCCAUGUCUUAUGGCCCAAACAGAGAUUCAUCAGACAAAAACACAAUCGACCUAUCCUCCCUGGAUACCCAGUAUCAUCUGUCUGAGCUGGAACCUGACACAGAGUACGAAGUGUCUUUAAUGGCCCGCAGGGGAGAGAUGACAAGUUUUCCUAUCCAUGAAAUCUUCACAACAGACCUGGAUGCCCCUAAGAACCUCAAGGCAGUGCAGGAGACGGAUGAGAGCAUUACUCUGGAGUGGAAAAACAGCAAAGCCAACGUCCUCAAUUACCGCAUCAAAUACGGACCACUGUCUGGCGGGGAGCACGGAGAACUGGUCUUCCCCAGUGGCCCUCAAGACAUCACUCAUGCUAAAAUCACCGGUCUCAGGCCCGGGACCGAAUACGGAAUGGGAGUGACCGCAAUCAAAGAAGAACGUGAGAGUUGGCCUGCAACGACCAAUGCUGUGACUGUUCUUGAUGCUCCCAAGGAUCUUGAAGUGAGUGAGACCACCGAGACCACCCUGGCACUGGUCUGGAGGAGGCCGGUGGCCAAGAUCGAUUUCUAUAGGCUAGUGUUUGUGUCAGCGGAGGGCAAGAGGACUGAGGUGGAGGUACCGGGUGGCCUCAAUACCCAUACCCUUGUGAAUCUGAUCCCAGGCAUGCUGUAUACCAUCACCUUGAUUGCUGAGAGAGGAAGGAUGAAGAGCGCUCCAGUCAUCCUGUCUGCAUCCACAGAUGAGGAAAAGCCUCAGGUGGGAAACAUCACCGUCUCUGAAGUGUCUUGGGACAGCUUCAGUGUGUCAUGGAAGGUGGAAGAAAAAGAGUUUGAUAGCUUUCUGGUUGAAGUCUCUGACCCGGAUGGCCUGUCAGACGGCCAGAACCACACCCUGUCCGGCCAGGAGUUCAGCCUGACCGUUACUGACCUCUCACCUAGUACUUUCUACAGGAUCACUCUGUAUGGGAUAUACAAGGGAGAUUUAGUAGAUCCUGUCUUUGCUGAAGCCGUCACAGUGGCUGAACCUGAAGUGGAGCAUCUGUUGGUCUCGGACAUCACCCCGCACAGUUUUAAACUGACCUGGGCAGCUCUAGAAGACCUCUUUCAUGCAUUCUCUAUCAAAGUGGUUGAAUCGAAUGAAUUUGCCCAACCUCGCCACAUCAGUGUGUCCGGAGACAAAAGGACAGAAGUGGUUUCAGGUCUUCAUGAAGAUACGGAGUAUGAAAUCAAGCUUGUUGGGACCAUUUUGGGACGGAAAUUCAAGCCUGUUUUAGCAGUAGCUCGAACAGGCCUGGGUACACCCAAGGGGAUACGCUUUUCUGACGUGACCGAUACAUCAGCUACUGUUCACUGGACUGCGCCUCGAAGCCGAGUAGACAACUACCGGGUCACUUAUGUUCCCAUUCAGGGUGGCAGCCCCAUAACACUGAUAACAGAUGGAGGGGAGUUUCAGAUCGUGUUGCUAAAUCUGACCCCUGGUGUCACCUACCAGGUGACCAUCAUUGCUGUGAAGGGAUUGGAGGAGAGCGAGCCAGGAUCAGAUAGGGUCACAACAGCUCUGGAUAAACCACGAGGCCUCACAGCAGUUAACAUCACAGACACAGAAGCUUUGCUGUUGUGGCAGCCUUCCAUCGCGACUGUGGACGGAUAUGUCAUCACUUACAGCGCAGACACAGUGCCUCCUGUUAUGGAAAGGGUAUCAGGGAACACUGUGGAGUUUGAGUUGAACAAUCUUACGCCUGCCACGGAAUAUACUGUAAAUGUUUACGCAGUCAGAGAGGAAGCCAAGAGCGCUGCAACCACUACGGAGUUCAUCACAGAUGUUGAUGCUCCCCAGAACCUGGCUGCCAGUAAUAUUCAAACUGAGAGUGCAAUGUUAACAUGGCAGCCACCAAGAGCCGACAUCAGUGGGUAUGUCCUCAGCUUUGAGUCUGCUGAUGGUAUUGUCAGGGAGGUUGUUCUUAGCCCCACAGCGACAUCUUACAGCAUGUCCCAGCUUACUGCCUCCACAGAGUACACAGUGAAACUUCAGGCCAUGGCUGGGCCAAAGAGAAGCAGAACCAUCUUUACAGUCUUUAGCACCAUCGGAGUCCUGUACAAGCACCCCAAAGACUGCACACAGACUCUGUUGAACGGAGAAACAACCUCAGGCUUGUACACAAUAUACCUGCGUGGAGAUGAGAGUCAGCCCCUGCAGGUCUACUGUGAUAUGACAACUGAUGGAGGCGGAUGGAUCGUAUUUGUUAGACGGCAGAGUGGUAAAGUCGAGUUUUUCCGUAACUGGAGGAACUACACUGCAGGCUUCGGUGACCUGAAUGAUGAAUUCUGGCUGGGUCUCUCUAACCUCCAUAAGAUCACCUCCACUGGGCAAUAUGAACUACGUGUGGACCUCAGAGAUAAGGAUGACUCUGCAUAUGCGCAAUAUGACAAAUUUUCAGUCUCAGAGCCGCGCAGUCACUACAAAGUCCAUGUUGGAGGAUACAGUGGCACUGCAGGUGACUCAAUGACGUAUCACCAUGGCCGCCCAUUCUCAACCUAUGAUCAUGACAAAGAUAUAGCUGUCACCAACUGUGCUCUAUCUUAUAAGGGGGCUUUCUGGUAUAAAAACUGUCAUCGAGUGAAUAUUAUGGGUCGAUAUGGAGACAACAGUCACAGCAAGGGUGUUAACUGGUUCCAUUGGAAGGGUCAUGAGCACUCCAUCGAGUUUGCAGAAAUGAAGAUCAGGCCCUCCAACUUCAGGAACUUUGAAGGAAGAAGAAAGCGAUCAUAAACCAGUGUGCUCAAACUCCAACCAACCAACCAACUCUCCCCCAGCUGCCCGUUCAUCCCUCCUGCAUCAUCUCAUCCCCUUCAUCUACCAAAGCCACUGCCAGGAGCCCAGCCUGCUCUCUACGCUUUCCUGUUAAUAAAGGACAGAAAAUAAUUUCUUCAUCCCUCGUUUAAAGCUAAAGACCAUACACAGUUGUGUGCGUACCACUUCCGUUCACAUCAAUCUGACAGUAACUCCAGACUCAUAGUGAAGUGUUCAGCUGUACACACUGUGCCUGUACGUCAUAAGCACACGCCAAAGACAGACGCUACAGGAACAUCCGUAUAGUACAAUGCAAGUGGAGGGAUUUUGAGUUUGGCUGGUGCUUUUCGGUUCAAAAAUAAAAUAAGAUAUCGUCUCUCUGUAUCUCACAUGCAAUCCCAGUGAAGCAAUGUUCAGAUCUGGAGAGAGCAGAAUGUCUGUGUGGUAUUGUUUGUUUUGGAGUCUCUUCACUAAACUCUAAACUUUAAAUGAAAAAGGCACAUUAUGAUAAAAAAAAUCUAGGCUCAGAGGAUUUCUCGUCUUUUUUCUAGAUUGUGACAAAUGUUAAGCAUAUCAGUUGUCACAUCAAGUGGCACAUUUUAACAUCUGAAACUGGUAUCACUACAGUCCUGUUACUGUAAGUGUUCAUUUAUAUGCACCUUUGUGGUUCCAUUACCCUAUAACUAUAUUGACAUUCAGCGACACAGCAUAAGAAUCUUGAUUUGUUGCUUGGUAUCCUAUAAAAGUUUUUAAUAAAGCAAAGGCAGGACCUAUCAAAUUUAA